AUGAGUGAACAACAGAUUGAUACAUUAACCUCAGAGGAAUUGCAAACCUCAACGGAACCCCAGGAAUAUCAUGUGUACAUUCUCUUAAGCUUUCUAUUUUGGUCUUUCGUUCAUCAUCUUGCUUCAAAAUGGAUGUUCAGGAAUAAUCCUACUUAUCGUGCCUUGUCUAAGAAUAAACGCAUGGAAUGGGACUCCAGAAUCAUGUCAACGAUUCACGCUACAAUAGUUAGCAUCCUUUGUGUCGUUUCCCUAGUCAAAGAAACUCAACUUUGGGCUGAUCCAUUCUUUGCCCAAGGAAGAUUGGGCGUUUUGGCGUUAUGUAUCUCCAUCGGCUACUUCACGUGUGAUUUGAUCUCAAUGCCGAUUUACUAUGAUCGCAAAAAUAUGAUAAUUUUCACUCUACACCACUUAGUUGCAACAAUUGCCUUCUACCAAAUUUUGGACUAUAAGGUCGGUCUCUUCUUUGGUGUGUAUCGUCUUACAACUGAGCUCUCAACUCCCUUCACGAACCAAAGGUGGUUUUAUCGUAAAGUUGGCUACACUCUCGAUCGAAGACGUGUGGCUAUCGUGUCUCUCAUCUUCUCCAUUUUCUUUGUCAUCACCCGCAACUUGAUGAUACUUCCAUACUGGGGCUUUGUGUAUCUUAUUUUCAAUUCAGAAGGACAUGUACAGGCCCGUGCUCGUUUACCUUUUCUCGAUAUCUCAUGGUUCGUCUCUUCACUUAUUCUCGACGCACUCAAUAUCUACUGGGCUAUUUUGGUCUACCCUAUUGGCAUCAACGCAGCUGUUAAACUCUACAGGGCUGAUUGGAGAACGGAUUUCGAUCGGGCACGGGAUAAGUUGCGUGAUCGCUUCACUAGUGCUAGACGGCGGGCACUGACUAAUGACUGCAUUGCAUUUGCAGAAAUUAAUGUUGUUCUAGGUGUUCUUCCAAAUGUAGUAAUUCCUGGCCAUUUUGAUCCUUCUAGAUUUAUAAACCGGAUACGUCGCACGGCAUCCUUUAGCCGAAUUCAACAAGCUUGGGAAGAUCUUAAAGUAUUCCCAGGAGAAUUCAAUUUCGACGGACUUUCCUCCAUGGCUAUGUCCGAGCGUUCAUCGCCAAUUCGUUGCUACUCUGAUGUCGAUGAUGAUGGUGACGAUCCUGUUAUGAACGAACUUUCGAGGAGAGGAAGUUUAUUGGUGAAAAAUCACAUUGUAUCUGACGACGAGGUUGAUACCGGCCUAAAAAUAACCUUCCGAAGGAAACGCAGUCUGUCUGGCGUUACUGGUUCCAGUGCAUUUGUUGCUGCCGUGACCGUUGCCAUUAAACAGCUAAGAUAUGAUACUUCCUCCAACACGUCAGCCCAGCAUUUUUAUCACUAUGGUCCCAUUUUCUACUUGUCAAUAGUGCUGUUCUUGCAAUUAUUUAAUGUAAUAUUUCGUAUUACAUUCUUUUAUUCAUUCCUUGGUUUUCUCUUUGGAUGGACUUAUUUGAGAUUCUUCCAAAGGCACACAGAUGGAAAACGGGGUGAUUUUCGUCCAAAUUUUGCUUUCGUCAGUUUCUUUCCUCGAUUUAUACAACCACUUAUUGCAAUUCUGGUGAACCUUAUUUAUGCUGUCUUCUUAACUUUUAAACUCUGUCCCAAAAUUGAGCAACAAUACGAAAUUCUUUCUGCCUCAUCUUUCUCGAAGGAUGUACCUACUGUUUCAUUCAGGGAUAAUGAGCGUCAUAAACGGAUGGCGCUUCAUGAUUUGAAUGCUCGAUUAGCGAAAAAACAUGAACCUCUCGAGCAAUGGCCGUCUCUGUUCGAUGAAGAAGGCCGUUCUCCACCAUCAGAUGGGUCCUUAUUGCAACCUGCUCCAGCAUCAUCACACCAACCCGCAAAAUCUUCCACAUCUGCUAAUGACGAUCUUCCCGACGUUUAA